ACAACUCAUAGCGAGCGGUGGAGCGCGGCAGAAGAGAAGAAGAGAAGAAUGUGGAAGAAGUGUGAUGGAGCGGGUGUCACCAAAAAGCAGGAAUGUGAGAAGUUUCAUAUCCCAGAAGAGGAGGAAAAUCAUUCAGGCCAGACGGCAUCCAUGGUAAGGCUCAGGACCGGUGACACCUCCAGCUCUGCACUGCGCUCACCUCCCUGCACAAUGCUGACUCUGCUGUGCCUGUGCCUGCUCCUGGGCUCCUCAGUGGCCUCUAGUGUGCAGUCCCGUAUGUCUUCCUUCGUGGGGGAGCACGGCGCAGGAGGGGGCACCGCAUUUUCCUUCUCCGCGGAGCAGCUAAAUGGAUCAAUCACAGGCCUGCGAGUGCGGGAGAACCCGAGUCACAUCAUAGGGGUCCAGUUCCAGUAUGGUGGCACCUGGGGACCUUAUUACGGGAACCCAUCAGGAACGCUCUAUGAGAUCUUACUGCACAAGGGGGAGAACAUUGUACAAGUGUCCGGGAAGGUGGCCUCCAACGUGAACGAGCUGAUCUUCAUCACAAAUCGCGGGAGAAUUCUUAAAUUCGGUCAACCCUCCGGCAACAGCUUCAAUGAUUUCCCCCUGUAUGACGGCACCGUCCUCCGCUAUGUGAGUGGCCGGUAUUCAUCCGUCAUACACAGCAUUGGUUUCCACUGGGGGGUCAGUCCAAGUUGUGUCAACUGCAAAGAAGAGUCCAAAUGAUGGAUACAAGAACCAUAUUGAGGAUCCUGGAAACCGACCCAUGGCUGACGACACCGUAUCUCCGACUGCGUCCACAGAUCUCGUCUACCACAACUAAUAAUCCUUUAAUUAAUAAUUAUUAAUUUAAUAAUAAUUAAUGUUUCUAUUUCUCCAAUUUCCUACCCCAACAACUAGAGGAAGCCGCCCUUAUGUGGCACCAUUAUCUGUAAAACCAUGGAAUGUACGCCAAUACCAGGCUAUAUAAAAAUGUGCAUCUGAUAAUCCUGCAGUGAACACACGUAACCAUAGACUGGCGCUGUCCUUACCUG